GUAGCAAUCACACCCCCAGAGAUUUCUAAUAUAUUUUAAUAAUGACGAAUUUAUCGCUAAUUCACAUAGCAGAGCGCGCGAGCGAGCUUGUGUCGGAAAGUCAGCUGUACUGUGCGCUGUUACACGAACGGCUGUUUUAUAGAAAGCAUCCAGAGUACUUCCAGAGGUUGUCACAAAACCUGCGCAAACGCAUAGACGCCGGUAAUGACACAACCAUCCCUUCAUUGCGCCAUGGAACUCUGGAUUCCGAGGUGACAACGGAAAAUGCAGCGGUACAAACAGAGCCAGUGUGUCCACGGAAGACUGAUAACUCUAAGGAACCUGAAUCGGAUACAUAUUCGCAAUCCAAACGAGCACCCAUGUUAUACCAGGACCUAGGAUGGGACCUAGAGACUAAUUUCUACUACACAAUUAGACCUGGAGACUUCUCACCAUUAAGUCCUGACGCCGAUGUGCUGGAACGUAGUGGCAAGAUAGGACUGGACUUUUGGAAAUGGAAUCGUGAUCGCAACCCCUUGGGGUAUACACCGCCACUAUGUACCUGCAAGCGCAUGGCGGAGCCCAAGGCAUUGUUACGUAAGUACGCAACUGGUAUUACUGCACCCAAGGAAUUACGAGUAUGUGAGAACGAUGUCUGCAGGGGUCUUUUAUACAUACCGUACAGCAUGAUCGAGGUCCCGCUGAAUAGAACUAUCAGUAACGGUAGCGAAUUUGCGAAGCAAGUGGCUGUCCCUGACGACACUGAUGUGUAUUGCGGUAGCAUGAAGCAUACACUAGUUCUCUGCACGACCUCACGUAAACACGAGGAAGAAUGCCUGGAGGCAAUUCGUAAGAGCAACGUCCCUCAUACACUAGUGUAUGACGUAAGAGCUCCAGAUUUCCUGCCGUAUUUCAAAAAGAGGCUGGAUACCAUUACUAUAGCACCUUUAAUGGCAGUUGAGCCCAUUGACUCCGAUGUGUCGGAUAACGAGGAUAACUACGGUUUCGGGGAAUGUUUUGCCGUGAAGCAUACGGAGCGGGGUUUGGUCAUACACAAAUAUGACCCUAGUACCCAGGAACUAUCGGAGAUUGAUCCUGCAAUGCUCAAAUGCUGGGCAGGUGGUGACGAUGAGCUGCUACCGCAGGAGCCUGUAACCCAAUUGGGGGACUACACUCUAUGCGAACUUAUAGAAAGCUUCUCUGGGGAGCGGCGCCCUUUAAAACUAUCGCUCAGGAGGACUGUGACAUUCAACAGAAGAAAGGAGUUGAUCCAUGACGACAUUGACGUAUCACCAAUACGCAUUAAGAGGAAGCUGUCAUCCAGUGGCAGCUGUGAAAUACCUGAAGUAGUUCUAGAAAAUGCACAUAUGCAUUCGGUCAUCAACGCUAUAGAUAAUAUUACCCAGUGAGGUCUAUGGCCCGGUGCUCGUUUCCGGAAG